CCGUCUCUCUCUCCUUCAAUUAUUGAAGGCGCAGCUCUUUCUUCCUUGCUAUUUUUUCAUUACACAACAACCAGCUUAACUCUCUGUUUAAGUGCUUUUCUAAAGCUAUUACCAGCUGAAAGAAAACGAAACAUGGCGGCUUUAGUUGCUAAAGAACCCGUUGUUCCUCUGGUUUCCCGGACUGGAAGACAUUUACAACGCUAUUGUCAGAUGGGUUUCCGCCAAGUCGUUGGAUGCGUACCAUAUAGAUAUAAAGGGAUUAAGCAGCCUCAGCAUGAGAUUGAUGAGGAAGAUAUACAAGUUCUUCUCAUCAGUUCACAAAAGGGCAAAGGGAUGCUCUUCCCUAAGGGAGGUUGGGAACUUGAUGAAUCCAAAGUAGAUGCUGCUUUAAGAGAAACUGUGGAGGAAGCCGGGGUAACCGGAAUUGUUGAGCAUGAAUUGGGUAAAUGGAAUUUCAAGAGCAAAUCACAUGACACUUAUUAUGAAGGAUUCAUGUUUUCUUUACUUGUUAAGGAGCAAUUAGAAAUCUGGCCGGAGAAAAAUCUCCGAAAGAGAACCUGGAUGAGCGUGGCAGAAGCCAGAAAAGCUUGUCAAUAUGUGUGGAUGAAGGAAGCAUUGGACAGAUUAGUUGAGGAACUAACGUCGCAACGACAACCCUGAACUGGUACAUCAUUCUUUGUAGCUGAUGAAGAAAAUCUGACUUGUAAAUAGGAUGUUGUUGAAGACAGAGCUUGCAGUUAGGGCGGAUAAACUUUAGAUCGUUCCGAAUUGCAGGACAAAGCAGAGAUGUUUGCAAUUGUUUGUUUCUUGUUUCACUCACCUGGAAGUUUCAACAUUUUGUGUUAGUGGGUGAGUCGGAAUUGUAAUGUCGACAAUCUUUGUUAAUAAAAAAUAAAGUGUAGUUUGAUUUGAGAAA